GACAAUUACAGAGUGAAAAGAAACCUGCUUGAUGAAUAUACUAUUAGCUGAUCAAACUUUGACCUUAAUUGAAAUGUGGACUGUCACGUAACUAAUUAGCAUCAGGAGCAAAGCAUAAUAUGUGUACAAUUUGUUGCAAUCAGUAGAUACUGGUGCUGUGGUUGGGGAUCCCAGUUGCAAGUAUACGUAAAAGGGAAAUUCGAUCAUUAGAAGCUUGCUAACAAGAGUUCCAUGUAUUUUAUACCUACGCCACUGUUCAUCAAAAAGUCGUUGCGAUAAGCUAUGAACACAUUAUUUUCAAAUAACGCUACGUAAUCAACAUAAACGAUUGCAUUACAUAGUGUUAAAUCGCAGCCAGAAAAGAUCAAAAUGUCCAACCCGGCGGACCUCGUCUUCACCCUACGGAACAACUUCAAUUCCGGAAAUACAAGGCCCUAUGAGUUCCGCCUCAAGCAGCUCCAGGGUCUUUGUAAGCUUCUGGAUGACCAAGAAAAAGAACUCACGGAUGCAAUACUCAAGGAUUUGAGGAAACCACGAUUUGAGGCGUUGUUGUAUGAGGUGAAAUAUACUAAGAACGAGGUAUUGAAUAUGAUCUACAAUUUGAAAGAAUGGAUGAAGCCCACAAAACCAAGCAAGCCGUUGCCCUUUCUAAUGGAUGAGGUUUUGAUUCACUCUGAGCCAUACGGUGUCACCCUUAUCGUUGGCGCUUGGAAUUACCCGAUUAUGCUAGUUCUGAUCCCUUUAGCUGGAGCAAUAGCCGCUGGUAAUGUUGCAGUUAUCAAGCCAUCCGAAGUAGCUCCUCAUACUGCCGAACUACUCCAGGAGCUUAUCCCCAAGUAUUUGGAUCAAGAGUUUUAUAAAGUAUACUGCGGAGGGAUCCCUGAAACUACUAGUUUAUUGUCACAACGUUUCGAUUAUAUUUUUUAUACUGGGAACUGUCAAGUAGGCAAGAUUAUCCAUGCUGCUGCUGCCAAACACUUGACGCCAGUUACACUGGAAAUGGGUGGAAAAUGUCCUGUUUUCAUUGACCAGACAGCAGAUGUUGAAAUGGUUGCUAGAAGAGUAUUAUUUGGCAGGCUUUUGAACGCUGGUCAGAGUUGCAUUGCACCUGACUACAUACUUUGUGAUAAAUUGACCGAACAGAAAUUUGUGUCGGCUGCAAAGAAAAUAAUCAAGGAAUGGUAUGGAGAAAAUGCUAAAGACUCGCCCUGCUAUGGCAGGAUAAUCAACGAAAGACACUUUAACAGGAUCAUCAAACUGCUGGAAGGUGCUAAAAUAGCAAUAGGUGGUUCGCACGACAUCAACGAUCUCUACAUAGAACCGACCAUCGUGACUGACGUUACUCCAACGCAUCCCUUGAUGCAAGAAGAGAUCUUUGGUCCUAUUCUUCCCAUCUUUAUAGUUGACAAUGCCUCGUCCGCAAUCGAUUUCAUCAACAAGCGUGAAAAGCCGUUGGCACUGUACCUGUUUUCUACGAGCAAAACCACCCACGCUCUGUUUUUGGAGUACACCUCCAGCGGGAAUAUGCUGAUCAACGAUACCUUGAUGCACUUUUCUUGUGACACCAUUCCUUUUGGAGGAGUUGGAAACAGUGGAAUGGGAGGGUACCACGGGAAAUACACCUUUGACACAUUUUCACAUCCCAAAGGAACGAUCAUAAAGAAGUUGGACAAGGUAGGAGAGCUGAUCAACAUCCUCAGAGUUCCACCAUACACCGAUCAAAAGCUGAAUUUAAUUAACAUGUUCACGAUGAAGUUGCCACCUAUACCAGGACUAAAGCAUCUUUCCACUUUAGUGGUAUUCAGCGUUGGAAUGUUUGCAUCCUUGAUUCUGAACCGUGGAUACAAUUAUUGGGGAGCCCACAAGGACGCGUGAAUGACAGACAAGUCCAAACAAAUGAUAUAUGUAUUCUCAUCACCUCAACUCUUAUCCAGCAAUAGCAUCGAGAAGGCAUAUAUUUUGAAAACAACAUGACGGACAUGUAGUACAGAAUGUUUUUUUAAUAUCUCGUCAUAACAUUGAAUAACGUUAACCCCCCAUGCCAAUAAAACUACAUGUAUCGACAGAUCUUCUUUACUGUAGUAAACGCUUCAGUGACAAAGCUGAUCUUAUUCAGUCAAUGGCAUAUUGAUUUAAACGUUUACGUAAGCAGAUCUGUCAAUACUUGUGGUUUUAUUUGCCAGACAAGCAUCGUGAAUUAUCGACAUGUAAACCAUAGGAUAAGUUUCAGAUAUUACAUUGAUUAAUGUAUUCCGCCUGAAGAAGCUGAUAUUGCGCGACAUCUAAUCCACACAAUGGUUCUUGCUCUUUUUACCACAAGAAUACAUAACCUUAAAACCUAGAAAAAAACGUUUUUCAGACUGCUUUCCAGUGACCCAAUUGAGUAACUCAGAGUGACUCUGAGUGACUCAGACAUACUUCCACUGUAGUUUUUAUUGCCAUAACCACCUUCUAGAGCAGUUGGAGAGCAUAUCACUCUCAAAUAAAAAAUCACUGGAAAGCGGCUCAGUUGAAUUUGGUUGUACGUUCAAAUAAUAGAUGGCACGCAACCACUAUUUAUUUCACCACGUUAGUCAAUGAUCAUACUCGAAAAUUGUGAAACGAAAGAGGAAAUAAAUAGUGUUUUUAUUUCUUUUUAUUUGGCCUUUCAAAAAGUCUACCAUAUGGAGUUCACCGCCACGAAUACAAUGGAAUGUACAUUUCAAAAAUACACAUAAUACGCAAAAUACUAUAUCAUGAUUUAUAAAUACAUACAGGUAACCAAAUAAAUUAUUUCUUUUAUCA